GGCCCAGGGGACAUGAGAUCGGGCUGCCUUUCAGUUUUAGCACUGGCGCAGAGCAGCAGGAGCAGGCUCUAAGGCGGCCCCUUGAGCUACCACUUCUAGCUUGAGGUCUGGCGGGGCACAGCUGAUACUCUUGCUUGUGAUCGAAGUACAUUGACGUGUCAGCUCUUGAAUAUAGCGGGUCUGCACUCGGAGCUGACACCGACGAACCAUCUUCUGGAACAUGCUAGAGGAGCCGCAUGAUUGGCUUAUAGUUGGAAUUUGCUGUCUACAACAAGAGCGAGAGAAUUUGCCAGUCUCGACUGCAAGCACAGGAAUGCGUUGGGAGCCCCAACUGGAUUUCCAGGGGUAGUCCUCUCAGAACGCCCCAGAUGCCAGGGGGCCUGUCUGCCUACGAUGUUGAUAUCUUUGGCUAUACCACCUUCGUGCUGAGCAUCCUGUUGGCAGCCAUCUCAGCGCUGUGCAUCUUCUACGUCCUGUAUUUCCACAGGAAGAUCCGCCAGCAGCGGUUACUCGCUCUUCACCAGUUCAACACUCUCUGGAUCGUGCGGAUAACGCUGAUCGUGUAUGCAACCACGUGGGGCGUGAGCCAGCUGCUGCGGCUGCCGCUUCUCCGGAGGGAUGGCUGGCUCAUCUCGACCUUUCCGUAUGAGCUUCAGAGAUCCCUCUGCCGGAUCUACGUCGUCGUUGCGUACGGCUUCGCGGAGCCGGGCUUCUUCCUCACGGCGCUCUUCCUCGUCCUGGGCUCCCUCCGCGACGAUCCGAGCGCCCCCCGCCAGCGCUGGAACUACAAAGUGGUUGCCUACACGCUCCUGCUAACCACGCCCAUCGUCGCCUGUCAACUGGUGGUUAUCCUCUUUAACCCGCUCUGGCAAACCUCCGCCGAGGACAAGGUUUUCACCGGCCCCGGCGGGGGUCAGACCGUCAGCAUCGCGCAGUCCCCCGACCAUAUAAAGAUCCCCCCCAUCCUGACGAAAUGCGCGGAGCCAGACGGGAACAAGCCCGGCACAGCCGCGUGCUAUUUCCCGCUGCUCGGGACGGUGGUCCUCGGCGCAUUCGCGAUCAUAUACCUAGUUUUUUACGUGUGGACGUGCCUGCGGAUGGGCUCGGUGAUCAUCAAUAAGCGGCUGCAUAACCGGUUGCAUUUCCUCAUGUGGACGUUCCUGCUCGGGUUCCCGACCCACGUGCUGCUCCUCGCGUUCACCGUCUUCUCGCACCCGAACGAGCCGCUCUUCGAGAGCCUCCUCUUUGCGUCGUUCUUUGUGCUGCUCUGCUGCUUCUUCAUCGGGGAGUGGAUCCUGAUCGUGCGCCCGAUCCACGAGGGCAUCAUCGUCGCGAAGUCGCUCGAUCGGACGCUGCGCACGCUGCGUGCGCCGGAUGAGGGGAAGGGCCUCGUUUUAGUUAUGUCGUCAGAGCGGCCGGGCAGGGGCAGCACCGGGGGGUUUUUAGGGUCAGGCCGAGGGCCCAAAACGGCGAAGGUUGCGGCCGGGGUUACGCCCCCCGCGGGGGCGCCGAGGGGUUCGAAAAGCUACGUGCAAAAGACGGGGUACAUGAAGCGAGGAGAAGAGCGGGCGCUGGAGGAGGGAGAGGGAGAAGGGGAAAGUCCGGGAGAUGUUAGUGGGAAGCAGCCGUCUCAGUUCUCGCUGAUAUAAGGUGAAAUAGCUUUCUACUGUCAAACUGCACCAAACCUUGUACAGUAUGCCGCCUGGUUCUAAAAGUUGCCAGCCGGCUUUGAGUGAUGGUCUAAAUUGCUGCCGGUCCCGCGCAUAUCAUACCCGGUGGCUGCAUUGUUUCUGGGCCGGCUG